AUGGGGACCACCUACUCUGUAUUCAAGUCAGGACUACUUAUUGCUGACGUUCAUUUUGUGACAUUGGCAUUGUCUUUCAUUCAGGGAAUCCUCCAAGAUUAUCCUUAUAGAUUGGACAGUGAUAAAUUCUACCUUGUCCAUCCUGUCUUUUGUGUUUCUUGCCAUCACAUUCUGCGACAUCAAGUUCUCAGGCCGGUCCUGACCUAA